UCUAUUUAUAGCUUCUUGAGCCUGGUCACUGUAUUAGAGCGUACAGCGUGACACUAGAGAAAAGUAAAGCCUUUUACUUUUCUGUGAUUUAAAGAAAUAAAAGAAGUAGCUGCUCUUUUAAUUUUUCCAGGAAUCAGAAUGAACAAACCAAAGAUUGUAAGACCAGAAGUGAGUCAGCCGGCACAUGCGCUGUGGUUCGACAGGAAGAAAUAUGUCACCAUCAACUUUGCUGUUCAAAAGCCGACAGGUGUCCAAGUGGACAUCCAGCCAGACAAAAUGAUUUUGUGCUGCAAAAAUGACACAGAUGACGUCUUCUACAAUGAACUACACUUUUAUGACAAAGUCCAAAUCCAUGACUCCAGAGAGACAGUGCAUGAACGCACCAUCCACGUCUUGCUCAGAAAGAUGAAACCAGACGUUGCAUGGCCUCGUCUCCAGAAGGACCCCGCAAAGCCCAGCUGGAUUUCCGUAGACUUUGAUAACUGGAGAGACUGGGAGCAUGAGGAAGAUGAGGGAAAGGCAGAGUACGACCAAUACAUGGAUAUGGUUCAAGAAAUGGCCAGUGAAAACAAAGGAGCCAUACCAGACAUGGGGGACCUCAGUGAUUCUGACUAACACAGAUGGCUCUUCAGGAUGUUUUUUGGAGACAGAUCUUCCUAUACAGCCCUGGAUUUUAAAUACUGUGCUAAUGCUUGUGAGAAUUGUUGUGAGAUGAAAUUGUGUUACAUGCUUUUUUUAUAUAUAUAAAUCUAUUCCACACGUGCUUAUUUGUGUAUUAUGAUGUAUGAUGUUAAUGUUCUGUCUGUAUUUUCGGUUAUAUUUUAAAAAUGAACAGUCAGCAGAUAAAGUUGACACGUUGAAAAACGUGACGGAGACAGAUGGAAAAGCCUGGCAUUCUUGUUAACUCCAGCAGGUGGCAGCAUUGAAGGUAUUCAGCAUUAAUGUUUUCAAGAGGGAUAUUUUUGCUUUAUAAAGGAUACCUGAAGAAAAAAACCCCAUUUAUAGUCAGAUUUAAUAUUAAAUAGAAACAAUUUGCAAUCAGUAGAUAUAGAAAGAAAGAAAAAACUAUCACAAAACAUGAAAAGAUGAUAACACUAUAUUUAUUUAUGAAUCUUGACAUACUGAUAUUGUGUUAUCCUAUAUUGCAUUUGGUUUGGUAGCUCGUAAUAUACGUUUUUGAUGACAAUGAGACCAAAAUCUGAUACUGAAAAACUGUCUCAGCAGCAGAUCAGCAGCACAGGAGCACCACAGGGCACUGUACUUCCACUGUUCCUUUUCACUCUGGACAGAUGUCCAAUACAAGUCAGACUCCUUUCAUCUACUGUAGAUUUCAAUAGAAACAGAGUUAGAGUGAAUACUAUUAUCAAUCGUGGUUGUUGUUGAGAAGUAUAAAUACCUUGGUGUUCACCUGGACAACAGACUGAACUUGACACCAGAGACAGAGCGGAGUUUGCCUUUUGAGGAAUCCUUUUUUUUUUUUUAACCAGUUAAGUGAUUGAGGUCAUAGUUCUCAUUUUCAACAGCAACCUGUUAACAAAAUACUGCAUAUCUUCCCUAAAUCUGUUAUCUUUUCUAAAAUCCUGUUGGGGCAGCAGUAUCAGAACCAGGAACUUACAGCUCCAAAAGCUAAUAAAGGAGGUUGGUUCUGUUCUGGGAACUAUUGUGAAACAUUUGGAGAUGAUGGUACAGAGAAAUAUUUUUUCAGAUAAAAUGAAGAACAUUGAGGAA